UACCCAUAAAAAUACGGAAUCAUUAAGAGAAUCCAGCAAAUUAUUUUCUGUCAGCUUAAAUUGUAAAAAAAACAAUAUAAUUGUGAAAUAAAAGAAUACAGCAACUUUUAAAUUGUAAUACAUAAAUGUGGCAAACGAGCGCGCUACAUCAGUAUUAAAGAAAAACAUAAAUUGAUAUAAUAAAAACCAUGCAAAAAAAGACGCAUGUUCAGUUGUUGGAUAUUUCAUUGCGAACAAAACCAGAUGACAACUAAACGAGAGAGCAGAGCGAGUGCGAGUGAGACACAAGAAAAUAAAAAGAUAAAGUCGGAGACCAUCACGAAUUUAACUACAGGAAAAUUCGAUUGCAUAGAUUUAUAUAUAUAUAUAUAAAUAUAUAUUUAUAUAUAGAGCAUAACUACUCUCUCCAUGGCCGAAUCACUGCUCAUUGAGGAGCCGCAUCCCUACAUCGAGGAUGUGGCUGCAUCUGUUAUUGUCGAACCAACAGUGGGUGGUGGGGGCGGCGGCGGCGGCGGCGCCGGCACCUUGCCUGCUGCUGCAAUGCAAUUUGCAGAUCUAACAGAAAGCGGCAGCGAAAGCGGCGACGAUAUUAACAGCGAUCCACAGCCACAACAACAACAACAGUCACAGCAGCUGGAGAAUGGCUCCUCGAAUGCAACUCCCGCACGCUCAUCGCCGCCACCAAAUUGUGCCAUUUGCUUGUCACGCUGCAGACGCAAAUGCUUUACAGACUCCUGCAUGCAUCAGUUCUGUUUCAAGUGUCUGAGCGAGUGGAGCAAGAUCAAAGCGGAAUGUCCGCUCUGCAAGCAACCCUUUAAGACCAUCAUACACAACGUGCGCAGCUUGGGUGAUUACGAUCGUUAUCCUGUACAGUCCAGCACACCGGAACAUUCUGCGUUGAGCUUUCACAUUGUCAAUAUCAGACGGCAGCGUUAUUCGAAUCAGGGUGUUUUGACCAAUGACAUCGAUGCCGCUGCUACGGACGAUUCACUGGAUGGUCUGCUGCCGCAGCCAACACGCAUGCAAGCGCCUUUCAAUCGCUUCGAGCCGUAUCGCACGGAGCUAUUGAAUUUCUAUCGUCAUGACCAGGACGCUGGUGGUUCGGGUUCACUCAGUCAGCUCUGGCGUCGCUACGUCUACGACCGCAAGCUAUACGCGUUGCCUGUCAGCGAUAGUCUCACUGGACAAUUUCGCGAGUGGAGCGCACGAUUCUACAGAGACAAUCCCGCACAGAUACAUCGCUUAAUGCCCUGGAUCAAUCGGGAUAUUGUUUGCCUGCUGCGCAACUUGCCGCAAAAUGUGAGCGAGGUGAUGCAGCUGAUGCAUGACAUACUGCCCAUGAUCAAUAUAACGACCCGCACAUUCCGUCGCCGUCUGUCACCCUUUCUGGGCGACCGCACCAAUCAUUUCAUACACGAACUGUUCAAUUUCGCACGCUCACCCUACGAUAUGGUCGGCUAUGAUCGUGUUGUGCAAUAUUCAGCGCGUGUUGCCGAAGAAGUGGAGGUGGAUCUGCUCGACUUGGUGUCCAACAAUAACGAAGGCAGUGUGUCAACAGUCUCCGAUGCCAAUGGCAGUGGCAAUGGCGAUGCUAGCGGCAUUGCUGAAGCGAGCAGUGACUGGAGCCGAUUGCCACGUCCCUCGACCAGCGUUAUUGUUACCAAUCCCAGUGCAACACAUUCCUUUAGCGUGACUAUGGCCACCGAUGGCAGCGAACUGCCUGGCAUUUCGAUUCGUCGCACAACCACCUCGAAUGUUGGCUCUCAAACGGUGGCCAUCAAUUUGAGCAUGCGUCGUCCGGCCAACGAGGUCAUCGAGAUUGAUGAUGGCGAUGCUGCGGCCAAUGCCGAAGUUGCUGCCAUCAAUGAUGGCAGCCAGACAGGACGACGGCAAGCGGGUGCCAGUCUGCCCAUCAGUGCGCACAUCGAGCUGCAGAGCAGCGAUUGCAGCAAUACCAGUGAUGAUGAUGAAUGCGUCUUUGUGCUGGAGCGUAAGCCGCCGCAUUUGCGCACACCCGAGCUGGUUAGCCUGGACUCCAACAGUGAUUCGGAUGUGGUCUUUGUGGAUGAGCAAAGGCCAAACACGCCGCCGAAAUCAACAGUUGGCGAGCGAGCCGAGCAGCUAGCGGAUGAUGCUGCUGCUGCUGCUGCAGCUUCGACUACUAACAGUGUGCCCAGUGAGCUGUUCAUGGGUCCCUCAACCAGCACUGGGGUACGUUCCACCUCGCACAAGCGGUGGAAAACGCUGCUAGAGGAUGCACGCCGUAAGGAUUUAAUGGCCAAACGCCACAUGACACGUUCACAACACCGCAACAGCUUGCCAUCAACUCUUGGCGACAGCAAUAGCAAAAGCAACAGCGCCAACUGGACCAAUAGCAGCAGCAGCAGCUCCAGUAGCGAGGAUUCCAAUGAGAAAUUGCGCAAAAGGCGGCCAUCGCGCAAAACUAAAACGCGCAAACGUGUGGCCAGAAAUGACAAUAGAAAUAAAUUCAAAAGCAAACGGCGCCGCAAGCAUGUGAAGGCUGACGAGGUCGUCGAGCCGCAGCGUUCGCGCCUGGCAAGCAGCAGCAGCAGCAGCAGCAGUGGCAGUGACAAUGAGAGCAGCGAUGCAGCAGGCAACAUAGGCAAGGGCAAGCACAAUAUGAGCAGCAGCAGCACCGAUGAGAGCAACAGCAGCGAUAAUCUCAAGCUGAGCACAUUGAGAGAGCACUACAAAACAGAACUAAAGUCGCACAAGCAUCAACUCAAAGAGGAAACAGAAGAGCCGCAAGAGCAGGAAGAGGCAGUGGAGACGGUCGAGCAAGAGCACCAAAUAGAGCAAACGCAAUUGCCGGAUAUUAAGAGCAACGUUCGCAAACGCCGACGCAGCUGCAAUAGCAAUAGCAGCCAGAGUAAUCUGUCCAGUCACAGCAAUAGCCAGAGCGUUAAUAGCAGCACCUUGGCCAGUCAUUGCAAUACCACGUCCAGCUGCUCGCCCUUGAGCCUCACACUUAGUAAUGCUAAUGCGCAGCCUUUGUCGCUAGUGCAGAACAUUGUCAGUACGUUGCUUGAGCUAUCCACAGUGAGUGCUGGUGGUGCAGCCAGUGAACAGUCGGGCGCUGUGGAGGCGGAUGCAUUAAGCCAUUUGCACAACAGUGGUAGCAGCAUGCAUCAGGCUGUCGAUGAAGAUGCGCGAUUGGGCAACUAUUCAGAUGGGAGCAAUGAUGAUUUUAUGAUCGAUGUCGUGAGAGAGGCAGAGAGCAGCUUGCUAGAUGAAUCUGUUGAGGAGGAGCGGCAACUGCAGCAGCAGGACCAGCAGGAAGAGGCAGUUGAGCAGCCAAGUGUUGCUUACGAGGAGGAUGAAGAUGACGACGAGGAUGACGACGAUGAUGACGACGAUGAUGACGAUGAGGAUGAGGAUGAG